AUGCGACCUCUCACGGAAGAAGAGACAAAGACGCUCUUUGAGAAGCUCGCCAACUAUGUGGGCAAAAACCUAGUCAACCUCAUCGACCGACCCGAUGAACCUCACGUGUUCCGCUUGCACCGCGAUCGUGUCUACUACGUUUCGGAAUCGUCGAUGCGACUCGCCAUCUCAAUCGCACGUCCCAACCUCAUGUCUUUGGGUACCUGUUUCGGCAAGUUUAGCAAGACAGGCAAGUUCCGGCUGCACGUCACGGCGCUCGACUACCUGGCACAAUAUGCAAAGUACAAGGUGUGGAUCAAACCUAAUGGCGAAUUGCCGUUCCUGUACGGCAAUCAUGUGGUCAAGGCGCACUUGGGGAGGAUCACAGAUGAUACACCGGAACACGCGGGGGUGGUGGUGCUGAGUAUGAGCAAUACCCCCUUGGGAUUCGGUGUGACGGCGAGAAGUACGGUGGAUACGAGAAAGCAGGAUCCCACCAGUAUCAUCGUUUUCCACCAGGCAGAUGUGGGAGAGUACUUGCGCGACGAAGAUACCCUCUUCUGA